AUGAUUUUUUCAAGGAUUGGACGCUCUCUCUCGCGUUCUUCUCGCGUUAAAAAUUUGUUGCACGGUGAUUCGAGAUUGGGAGCGUUUUCUGGAGUUCCGCGAAUAGAUGUCUGUUCUGAGGGUGUUGAAGGGGGAUUAGGGUUUUUCAGGGGUUUCGUAUCUUCUUCAGUAGCUCGCAAUAAUGGUUUUGUUUCUAAUUUGUCUGAUUUUAAAUCUGGUGCCGCAAACCCUAGGCUUCUUCGCUUGUUUUCCAGCGAAGCCCCCAAGAAGAAGAAUUAUGAAAACUUUUAUCCUAAGGGACAGAAGGAAGUACCUAAAGGGAAUGACAAAAAGAAUGAGUCUAAAGAGGAUUCUAAGUCAAACACAGAGGAUCAAGGAGGUUUUCAAGAAGCCUUCAUGAAGCAAUUUCAAAGUUUUCUCACCCCAUUGUUGGUGAUGGGGCUAUUUCUUUCAUCCUUUUCUUUUGGUCCUCGUGAGCAGCAGCAGCAGAUUAGCUUUCAGGAGUUUAAAAAUAAGCUUUUGGAACCAGGAUUAGUAGACCAUAUUGUUGUCUCCAACAAAUCAGUUGCCAAAGUAUAUGUAAGGAACUCUCCCCGUGAUCAAACUGACAGCGAAGUACUCCAAGGAAACCUUCCUGCAAAGGGCUCUACUGGCCACUAUAAAUAUUAUUUCACUAUUGGAAGUGUCGAGUCUUUUGAGGAGAAGUUAGAGGAAGUGCAAGAAACACUAGGCGUGGACCCUCACGAUUAUGUACCUGUUACAUAUUCUUCUGAACUGGUUUGGUUCCAGGAGUUGAUGAGGUUUGCUCCAACCUUGUUACUUUUGGGAACUCUCUUGUAUAUGGGAAGGAGAAUGCAAGGUGGAUUUGGUGUUGGUGGCGGCGGCGGUGGCAAGGGUGCUCGUGGAAUAUUUAACAUUGGAAAAGCGCAUGUUACUAAAGUAGAUAAAAAUGCCAAAAACAAGGUCUAUUUUAAAGAUGUUGCUGGCUGUGAUGAGGCAAAACAAGAAAUUAUGGAGUUUGUGCACUUCCUCAAGAAUCCUAAGAAGUACGAAGAGCUUGGUGCCAAAAUUCCAAAAGGUGCUCUUCUGGUCGGUCCCCCAGGCACAGGAAAAACCCUUUUAGCAAAAGCAACUGCAGGGGAGUCUGGUGUGCCAUUUCUUUCUAUAUCUGGUUCCGAUUUCAUGGAAAUGUUUGUCGGUGUUGGACCGUCAAGGGUGAGAAACUUGUUUCAGGAAGCAAGGCAGUGUGCCCCCAGUAUAGUAUUUAUUGAUGAGAUUGAUGCAAUUGGUCGGAAAAGGGGCCGUGGAGGUUUCUCUGGUUCAAAUGAUGAGCGUGAAAGUACUUUAAAUCAGUUGUUGGUGGAGAUGGAUGGUUUUGGAACCACUGCUGGAGUUGUUGUGCUAGCAGGUACAAAUAGACCUGAUAUAUUAGACAAUGCCCUACUUAGGCCUGGGCGUUUUGACCGCCAGAUAACAAUUGAUGUACCCGACAUUAAAGGCCGUGACCAGAUUUUUCAGAUUUACUUGAAAACAAUCAAACUUGACCACGAGCCCUCAUAUUAUUCUCAAAGGCUUGCAGCCCUUACUCCAGGUUUUGCUGGAGCAGACAUUGCUAAUGUUUGCAAUGAAGCUGCACUGAUUGCUGCAAGAACUGAUGAAGCACAAGUCACAAUGGAUCAUUUUGAGGCAGCUAUUGAUAGAAUCAUUGGUGGUUUGGAGAAGAAGAACAAGGUAAUAAGUAAGCUGGAAAGGCGUACUGUUGCUUACCAUGAAGCAGGUCAUGCUGUUACAGGUUGGUUCUUGGAACAUACUGAUCCAUUGUUGAAAGUAACUAUUGUUCCUCGCGGAACAGCAGCUCUUGGGUUUGCGCAGUAUGUUCCUAAUGAGAAUCUUCUCAAGACUAAGGAGCAGCUUUUCGAUAUGACUUGCAUGACCCUUGGUGGCCGGGCUGCCGAGAAGGUUCUCAUUGGGACAAUCUCUACAGGAGCACAAAAUGACUUAGAGAAAGUGACCAAGAUGACUUAUGCCCAAGUAGCCGUCUAUGGUUUCAGCGAAAAAGUGGGUCUCCUCUCUUUCCCUCAAAGAGAGGACUCAAUGGAGAUGACCAAACCAUACAGCAGCAAAACUGGUGCAAUAAUUGAUACUGAAGUCCGAGAAUGGGUGAACAAAGCAUAUGAACGUACCAUACAGCUUAUAGAGGAACACAAGGUGAAAGUAGCCGAAAUUGCAGAGUUGUUGCUUGAAAAAGAAGUACUUCACCAGGAAGACUUGCUUCGAAUCUUGGGCGAGCGGCCCUUCAAAAGUGCUGAGCCCACUCAUUAUGAUAGAUUUAAGCUAGGGUUUCAAGAUGAGGAGAAAGUUGUUGAAACCACAGUAAAUGAAGCCAAGGAUGAUGGUGACUCACCUCUAGAGCCAGAGGUUGUUCCCACAUAG